GCGUUAUAGCGUUAAUAACGGCAUCACCUCAACGACCUCUUUUGUUUCUUUUUUAGUUUAACUUACUUUCAACUCAACAUAAAAACAAUAUUAUAAUUUCUAAUAUUGGCAAUACCACUUAAAAGUUGUGUACUGUAAAAACAGCGUCAAUUUUCAAGCUUGUGACCCAUCUAACUUAUUAUUAAUAAAUUAACCUUGAAUUUUUAAGCUACAUACUGAAUAAAUAAAGAUGGCUGAAGCAUAUGUAAGUUUAAUAACAAAUGAUAAAUAUGGCGAUGGAGCGAUUGUUCUCGGAAAAUCAUUAAAAUUAACCCAAACAACACGAAAGCUUGUUUUAAUGGUUACAAAUGAUGUUUCAACUGCAAAACGGCAAGAACUUUCAGAAUAUUGGGAUAAUAUUAUUGAUAUUCAGAUCAUGGAGAGUAAAGAUACAAAAAAUCUUUUAUUACUUAAUCGACCCGAGUUAAAAUGCACACUUUCAAAACUACAUGCUUGGAAUCUAACACAGUUUACUAAAUGUGUCUUUCUUGAUGCUGAUGUAAUGGUACUUCGUAAUGUUGAUGAUUUGUUUGAAUAUGAUGAACUUUCUGCCGCUCCUGAUGUUGGUUGGCCAGAUUGUUUCAACUCUGGAGUGUUUGUAUUCAAGCCUUCAAAAGAGACAUUCCAAAAUCUAGUAGAACUUGCAGCGAAUAAAGGCAGUUUUGAUGGUGGAGAUCAAGGUUUAUUAAAUGAAUAUUUUUCUGAUUGGCCUCGAAAAGAUAUCAAGUUUCACCUUCCGUUUACUUAUAACAUGGUUGCAAAUAUUUGUUACAGCUAUUCACCAGCAUAUUUAAGGUAUGGGAAAGAUGUAAAGAUAGUUCAUUUUCUUGGUUCGCGUAAACCAUGGGAUCAUGUUUUUAGUCAAGUUUCUAGAGAAGCUGUUGUUUCAAAAGAUCUAUCUCAUUUACACAAUUUCACCAAUAUGUGGUGGGAGAUUUUUAUUUCAUCUGAAGAAAAGUCCUUAAAAACAGAAGUUUCAAAUUUAUCUACAACUUCAAACUUAUCAUUGUCUUUAAAUCAGUCUGAACUACCUCCACUGAAUGUAGAAAACACUGUUGAUGAUUCAGAUGAUCGUCGACAAAAAUGGGAGGCUGGUAUCCCUGAUUAUACUGGAAAAGAUAAAUUUGAAAACAUAAUGAAACGUCUAAAUGAUGUUAUGCAAAGUACAAAUAUUGCACCAAGUGAUGACGAUGCUUUACCAAGUGAUGAAAAUAAUCCUACAAGCGAAAACUAAAGAGUAUAAAUCUAUUUUUUUUUUUUUUUAGUUUGGUUUAUUAUUAAAAUUAUAUAAAUUGAUUAAUAUAUAAAUAAGAAUAUCCAAAUCUAUAAAUUUCAUUUUAUUGUAAAACACUUUAAAUCAAAAUUGUUUAAAUCAAAAUAAGAUAUCAGAAAACAAUUCGCAACAAAAAAAUGGUGA